CGUCAGUAGUGCCACGUCAGCCAGCAGUGCCCCGCCACCAUGACGGGCGCAGCUCUGGGCAUGCCAGGCCAACUGGCCAACGAGUCCAUUGCCGACUACAAAAAGCGUUUUCAGAUUCAGCUCGCUGCAAUCGAGGCUGAGGAACAACACCAGCUGGCAGUCAAGGCUGCCCAGCUACAGGCWGAAGAAGCGGCAACARCAGAGAAGCUGCGKCUACAGGCCGAAGCAGACGCAGAUGCCCAGGCUCRCCRCAAGGAAGCCCAGGAKCURCUGCUGCRGCAUGAAGCCAACAGCAUCGACAGACUCAAGUACUGGCACUUUGAACCGAACGGCGACGAGGCAACACCGGAAGAGCAGCAUAAGGAGUUCAUGGCCAAGCUCGUGACCAGCAGUGCAUCCUCUAGCCGCGAAUUGGAGGAACGCGUUGACCACGUAGUGGCAAUGCUAGGAGACAUAAGUGCCUUCACAGAGCCGGCCACCAUCAGCCAGCGGUUCGAGUUGCUGGACACUAAGAUCAGUCAGCAACAGCAUACCGACCAAAGCCACAACAACAGCUCGGCAAGGCCAUACAAGAUGCCGACAUUCCGGAUCGAGAAAUUUGAUGACUACACACAUCAAGACCCGGUCGUCUGGUGGCAAGGAUUUACAACGGAGUUGGGGAUCCACGAGGUCCUUGACCAUCUGUUCAUCAGUGCUCUGUUCAUCAACACCAAGGGAGGAUGUCAGAUCUGGCUCAGCCACAUGGCAACCAUCCACGACGUCCAGGUUUCAGACCUGCAUAAGAAGGUCUCCUGGGAGGAUAUGACAAAGGAAUGGAAGAAGCGGUUCAAAGUGGAUGACGCGCCUGCGCUCACCAUCAACCGCAUCUUCGCGAUGGCUCAUAGGAGCACACCGACACGUGACUGGCUCACGGAUUGGCAGAAGAUCGUGGCCACGCCCGAUCUGGACCUGCCAUUUCCGCAUCGCGCCGUACGAACAGGUCCACGACAGCAGCAGUUCGUUGCAGUCCAAUCGGACAGUGGAGAAGACCCAGCAGCCACUCCAGCAUCACGUGAGGGAGAUCAGGUGGCUGUUGUCCAGCCACGAAGCAACAAGCCCGGAGUGAACGGGAAGGCGAAACCAGCAUCGCAGGCCGGAAACGGACAGCCAGCACCACCAUGGGUCAAGUUCGGCUUGAUCGAGGCCGAGUACAAGUACCGCAACCGAGGUGAGGCGACUCCACCUCUCACUCCGCCAGAUUCGACCGCCUUGCUAGCGGCCUCCUACACAUUUGGGGAGGAUGCAUAUGUCGCAAGUCCUUGGUACAAUUACGAGGAUUAUGCUGUCAACUUGGUCCCACCGCGGGACCAACCGCUCCACGUGCAACAAUCUACCACAUGCACGGUUUCAUCACCAUCGGCAACCGAUUCGGCAGCUUCGCCGCUAUCUAUCGUCGGGGAUUCAUCGUCGUGGUCAAGACUUGAGGUGCUCGACCCACUGACGUUCACGGACUUCCAGUGGAUGCCCGUUCCCCAGACCGGACGAUUGCCGAAACCGCAUUGCAAUAUGCUCAUGGCACAACUGCGAGAUUACUUGCACACUGCAGUACCAGCUUCAUUGAUGGACGCCGGAGUAGAGGUUGUCGACCUUCACACUUACAUUGCGAAGAUCGACCGCGAGUUCAAAACGCAACGGUACGACGACAUCGACGCACCAUUGCUAUAUGUACGCAUUCAGAUCGGAAAGGCGACCUGCAACGCCUUGAUCGAUUGCGGAGCAUCUCGCACCUACAUCAGCCAGGACUUCAUGGUGCGCGCCGGCCUUGGCCCACGUGUCCGGAGGAAGUCCCAGCCUACGCAAGUCACUUUGGCAGACGGUCAUAUGCACAAGUCCAUCGACCGGUGCAUUGACGCCGUCCCCGUGUACUUUGUCCCUCACGCAAGUGAGGCGGUGUCCUUUGAUAUUCUGGACACCAAAUUUGACAUGAUCUUGGGCAUGUCAUGGCUGCGAAGCGAGGAUCACCCUGUGAACUUCUUCCACCGCACCGUUCACAUUCGUGAUCAUAACGGAGUACUAGUUCCAUGCAAGACGAUGAGGAACGUCGGCCCUCUCCCACGUAUCGACGACCUUCUCGAGCGAUUGGGCGGCGCCCAGUUCUUCUCUAAGCUGGAUCUCAAGUCAGGGUACCACCAACUCGAGAUUCGCAAGGAGGAUCGCUACAAGACCGCGUCUAAGACACGCGGCUACGACAAGCCAAGUACAAAGCAAAUCACGACAAGUGCGAGUUCGCACAGCAGGAGCUUGGGACACUAUGUGACGCCGCAAGGCAUCCGUCCGCUUGCGGACAAGGUCGAGGCCCUACGAGUAUGGCCCGAACCCACCAACACCACGGACGUUCGUUCAUUCAUGGGAUUGGCGGGCUACUAUCAGCGAUUCAUCACCGGAUACUCCAGGAUUGYUGCACCUAUGACGAGGUUACAGUCGCCAAAGGUUCCAUUCGUAUUCGAUGACGCCGCACACCGGUCAUUCCAAGCACUUAAGACGGCUAUGCUCAUGGCACCCGUCCUUAGCAUCUAUGACCCCACCCUGCCGUCGCGAGUGACUACGAACGCUUCCGGCUAUGGCAUUGGGGCAGUCUUGGAACAGCACGACGGCGAUGACUGGCACCCUGUGGAGUAUUUCAGCCACAAAGUGUCUCCCAUCAACUCGCUUGAUGAUGCAAGGAAGAAGGAGCUGCUCGCAAUCGUCAUGGCUCUCAAGCGACGGCGGCACUUCCUCCUUGGGCGUCGUAGGUUCACAUGGGUCACGGACAACAAUCCAUUGACUUACUACAAGACGCAGGAUACGGUGAGCAGCACGAUCGGACGAUGGAUGUACUUCAUCGACCAAUUUGACUUCACACCGAAACAUCUGCCCGGCCUCUCAAAUCGCGCAGCAGAUGCACUCUCGCGAAGACCCGAGCUUUGCGCUAUGACACAUCAUGCCUUCGCAUUCGAUGAGGAGCUUCAGCAACACUUCAUCCGGGCAUAUUAAUCUGAUCCGGUCUUCGGCACGCUCUAUGCACAACUAUCUUCGGAUCACCCGCCGGCCAGCCAUUACCGCAUUGUCGACGGGUACUUGCUCCUCCACUYGAGAGGCAAGGACUUACUAUAUGUCCCACGCGACCCUCGUCUUCGGACUCGCCUCCUUGGCGAGUAUCAUGAUUCACGAAUCGCUGGCCAUUUCGGAGUCAACCGCACUAUUGCACGGCUUCGACAGCGAUUCCGAUGGCCCGACCUCAUUACCGAUGUCACUCGGUAUUGCGACUCUUGCGAAG